AUGGCGGGUGAGGCGCUUGCUGAACACGUCGGAAUACGGGGCACCAAAGAACCCUCUGACCGAGAACCUGCAGACGUAUAUUAUGAGUCUGUAAUAGCCGAGCGUAAUGAAUUGAGAAAAGAAAACGAUGAUCUUAUCUAUAAAUGCUCCGAACUUGAUGCAGAUAAUAAUCUAUUAAGAAUAGAAAUAAAUAAAAAGGAGAAAGAGAAAACAGACAUACGUGAAAAAUAUAAAGAUGAUGAAACUUUAGCAAAUGAAAAUUUAGAAAUAAGGGACGUAGAAAAUGUAAUACCGGUGAGGACACAAAAAAUUAAUCAACAUCGAGAAGAAUCACACAUUGGACUUCAAAAACAAGCCAGAAAAAUGAAGGAAAUGUCAAACAAGCAAAUGCCAACUGUAUUAAUUGGACAAACCGUCAAGGUUAAAAUUCCGGAAGUCGAUCGAAGUAAAGUUGAUGCCCGCACAUUACUGGCUGUGGUGUUAAAAGUUGUGGAUGGAAAAUUUUAUCGCCUGGGUACAAAAGCAGGAACACUCUCUCAACUUUUCACUCGGAAUCAGUUCACCUUAUGCGAAGACAUUUUUUUAAAAUCGGCAAUAAUUCCAGAGAAUGAAAUUGGUAUUCGUCAAGCAGUAUUGCAACUGUCUUUGACUGGCGGACAAGGGUUAAUAAGGUGUGACUGUUUGAAGAAAUGUAUAACAAAUCGUUGUAAGUGUCGAGCCAAAAAUGUAUUGUGCAAUUCAAGAUGUCACAGUAGCCAAGCCUGCACAAACAAAUAA